AUGAGCGGUCCCCCUCCGCCGCCUCCGCCUCAUGGCGGAGUGCCAAAGGGUUCCGGUUUGCCUCCAGGCAAAUAUGACAUUUUUGUCAUCCCUGAGCACUCUUCUGGAGGCGGAUUUUUGUAUCUGCCGUCUUUGCAACCAAAUGUCAACAGUUUCGCUGCCGGAUUCGCUUCAGCCCUAAUACUCGUCGUCCUUGGUCAAACAUUGGCCCCUUUCGUUCGAACUUGGUGGAUGUACUCCGAUAACUCGAAUAGCGCCGUAAUGGCAAUGCUUGUCGUUGGUGUUGGCUGUGGAGCAUGGGCUUUGGGUCGUUUCCAAAACCAAGAUAGGGGUUUUCCUGGUGGUCCUGGAAGCAGUAGUUCUGGUAAUGGUCGUGGUGGUCAAGGUGGAUGGAAUUCUGGUUUUUCGUCGUCAAACGCUGGAGCACCACCGCCUCCACCUCAUGGCACUCCUCCUCGGCCUCCUCCUCACCAGGAUACACCUCCCAGGCCGCCACCCCAUGGCAAUGGUCCUAGGACAUCGUGGCAAGGCGCUCCGCAGACAGACGAAACUCCGCCGGCGCCACCUCCCCAUUCAGCGCGUCAAUCGCCUCGAAAUGAGUCCGACCCACGUCCUCGACCGUCUCCAGAAGCUCGGCCUCCACCUCCGCACACGCCUCCCGAAACUCCUCCGCCGAAGCACGCCAAAUCGAAGUCCAAGUCCAAACCCAAGCCGAGAGACCCCUCGCCUCCGCCAAAGUCUCGACCCGGAACUCCUCCUCCCCAAAAGUCUAAAUCCAAACCGACGCCUGAUCCAGAAAAGAUUGCAAGAGCUGAAGCUGCCAAGGCCGAGGCCGCUAGAGCUGAGUCUGCAAGGAUAGAAGCUGAAAAGGCGGAAGCAGCAAAGAAACAGGCUCGAAGAAUCGAAGCAGAAAAGGCUGAAGCGGAAAAGGCCGAAGCUGCGAGGAAAGAAGCUGAAAGAAUCGAGGCCGCCAGGAAAGAAGCCGAGAGGAUUGAAGCUGAACAGGCCGAAGUCGCAAGAAAGGAGGCUCACAGAAAGGCUAAAAAGGCCGAGGCGGCAAGGAAAGAAGCUGAAAGAGUCGAAGCUGAGAGGAAAGAGGCCGAGAGGAUUGAAGCCGAAAAAGUUGAAGCUGCAAGGAAAGAAGCCGAAAAGAUCGAACUCGCGAGACUUGAAGCGGAACGAGCUGAAGCUGCCAGAAUUGAAGCUGAAAAGGCAGAGGCUGCAAGAAUCGAAGCUGCAAAGAUUGAGGCCGCAAAGGCUGAGGCUGCCAGGAAAAAGAACUCCUGGGAAAAGGCUCGCGAAGAGAUGAGAAGAAAAGAGGAGGAACGCAAAACCAAGGAGGCCGAACAGAAGCGCCGCGAGGAAGCCGCAAAACGACUUGCCGAACUACGGGCGAAAGACGCCAAGGAACGACAAGAACGAGAAAAGGUGCGCCAGCGCAAGGAGCAGGAAGCCCAAGAGAGAAAGGAACUCCUCGAGGCCUCUCAACGUGCCAAGGAAUUGGCGAUCAAGUUGGAGGAGGAACGCAAAGAACGAGAGCGCCUAGAGAAGGAGGCCAAGGAAAUCCGCGAGCGAGAAGCCCAACGGGAGAAGGAGGCCCGUGAGCUCGCAGAGAAGAAAAAGAAGGAAGCCGAAGAACGCGAAGCCAGAAGACAGAAGUUUGCUGCUGAACGAGAGGCUCUAAGAAAGAAGGAGGCCGAGGAGGCUAAACGGCGAGAGGAAGACCAAAAACGAAAGGAGAUGGAGAAAGCUGAGAAAGAAAAGGCCGAACAAGAGAGGAUCGAGAGAGAAAAGGCCGAAGCUGAAAAGGCUGAGAAAGAGCGCGCUGCUAGAGAAACCGCCUCUCGUCAACCGAGCAGUUACGCCUACUCGGGCGUUGGUGAGAAGAUCAGCAUGUGGCCCAACGGUCGCCCACCAGCUCCCAAGUCUACCACCUCCUCGUCAACUGCACACCAGCCUGCUCCCAGCACAGCUUCCUCUCAAAGAAAGGCUGCUCCGUCCGCCACUAGGUCCAACGUUUCUGGCGUUAGCACCGAGAAUUCGUAUCGACCUUACGACAAGCCCAAGCAACCAAGAGAGAGGACGUCCAUGUCGUCGCUCGGCUCCGAAUCGUCUUGGGCGGCUUCUCAGACUACUGGUCGAACAACGCCCCCUCCUUCGAGUCGUGCUGGCCCAUACUCCACCAAGGAUCCCGACAAGAUUGUCAUCUCGGGUGUCUACCUGUUCAUGAACCAAUUCUCCAAGACUCCCGCGAGUCAGCUCAUCUCUGGCGUUGGAACCGUGACUGACGGACUGAUACUCCGUAUUACUACUGAAGGUCUUUUUAUCGAUGAUGAUGUCCGAAAUGUACCACAACGGGAAUGGGACGUCAAGGCUUGGACCCUUAAACAAGUCGAGGUAUGGUGCCCCCCGCAAUGCUUUAAUCUGCCUUCUGCUUCCCCUGCCCCCGGUACAAACCCCUCGCUUCAUGGAAUGGCCUCGUCUCGGGCACGCGACCUCGGUAUGGCCCAACCUCUGGUAGGCGACGAAGCCGAAGUGUACUUGACCGAGAUGCUGCGCGCAUGCAAAACUUGUUGUCGCCUUGGUUUAUGCAAUAGGAAAUUUCGAGAGGCUAACAUUGUUUCUUCAACUGGACAGACUGGAGAGUGGAAAUCAAAGGGCCUGCAUAUCGUGCGUGCCUCGGUCCGAGACCAAGAAGGAAAGCGAUACCUAUUUGUUAUCGAUGAGUCGGAGGCCUGGAAGGUUUCGGUUGGUCUUCAACGACUCCGCCGCGGCACCCAAGUUCGACAGCUUGCUGUCAGCGGAAUGGCAGCCGCAGAUGCCCGAGGCACUCUCGAGAUGCUUGGAUGGGCUUGA